CCAGAGAGGUCCUAAGGCUUCCCUACCUGGGGAGGGGGACACGCCCACUCUGGCCCCGGGCUCGUGCCCCGGGCAGCCACACUGGCCUUGCACGAGACCCUUGGCGGCAGGAGCAGCAGCAGAAGCAAGAACAGCAGCCAAGCUCAGGGCGCGCGCAGCCUUAGGGAGAGCAGGAAUUUGGUGCUAAAGACUCCAAGCAAAAUUGGUCAAGGUGCCAUGAUGGAGAUGCAAGAAGAUUGGGAACCUACAGGAUGGGUAGAUGACAUAGCCAUCUUACUACUAGAGAAAGAGAACAGCAUGCUAGUUUCCGGGUCUUCAAACAGCCUGCCUCCAGAACCGUAUGCUAUAGGAGAGGAAAUCUCUUCAAGAGACUCUUUGAAAAUAUCAACCUACUGCCAAAGGUGGGAUUUAGCCACUCCAGGUGUGUACGUCCCCUCCAGUACCAGAUUUAACUUCCAUUAUGAUGGGGAAAGCAUGGAACUGCAGACGUUUGGUCAUUUUAAUCAUCCUCCGGGUUUAAAGAAGGAAAAGGAGGAGGAAGAGGAUUUUAUCAUCCUUGUUGAAACUUGUGACAGUGGGAAUCAACCACCCCAGAAGGGCAAAACCUUCCUAUAUCACUGUAAGAAAUGUAAGAAAUCUUUCCAAGAUCUCAGUAGACUUGAGGAACACAUGCAGCUCCAUGUAGUUGGAAAAACAUACGGGUGCUCCCUUUGUGGCAAAGAGUUUUUUCGUUCAGCUAACCUGCGAAUGCAUAAACUGACCCAUUCUGCAGAAAAACCACACAAGUGUCCCCUGUGUAAAAAAGGCUUUAUUCGCCCUGCUGAUGUUCGAAGGCAUCUUCGCUGCUUUCACAAGAUGGAUCACUCCAGUAUUAUUUUGAGAAAUGCCAGUGUGAUGAACCACUGGUCUGGAGCUCAGCAGAAUCAAGGUGAUCGUGAGAAGCCUGGACAACUAGUUUCUGCUGCCAAGAAACCUGAAGAAGAGGUCUCAAAAUGGUACUUUUGCCCAAUAUGCAACAAAGGUUUUAGUACAUCUAGUUUGCUUUCUAAACAUAAAGUGAUCCAUCGGGAGGAAAAGCCAUACAGGUGCAAAGAAUGUGGCAAGGCCUUUGUCCAACUGAUCAGGUUGAAGAGGCAUUGUCAAACACAUACUGGAGAGCGUCCUUUCUCCUGUGAAGAUUGUGGCAAAACGUUUACACGCCUAGGUUCAGUCAAACGCCAUCAGAGGAUCCAUACUGGAGAGAAGCCCUAUAUCUGUUCCCAUUGUAGCCUCUCCUUCUCCGAGUUGGGAACUUUGAAGAGGCAUGAGAAGAUUCACGUUAUCAUCCAAGCAUAGUUUGCUUGGUAUUUGGUCUUCUAUUUCGUUUGGGGUUUGUUUGUUUUUUGUUUUGUUUUGUUUUUGCCUGCCUAUAAACAUUAAGAAACUCUCCUUUUAACAUUCCAGAUGCCCAGAUUGUGGCCUGUCCUACACAAAAAAAGAUACGGCAAAUUCCUCAUGAGAUUGACUGUUUUGCUUCAGAUUUGAAGUGACAGUGUUAUCUUCCUAAAGUACUUCCAAAUGUGAAGAAACAUUAACAUCGCAUGGGUUGUCCUAAUUUUUAUUUACAGGAAUACUUUUUCUUCGGGACAGGAUUGUAAAAUGUAUGCCCCAGUUGUAACCUCCAAGUGAUAUAGUGUAUUCUACUGCUUCCAUGUGCUACAUGUAUAGAAAAGAUUUGAAACGGUCUCUCUUUAUAGAAGCUUUAGACCUAUAUAGAAGUUGUUUUUACAGAGUUAGGUUCUUUAGACAGUCUUUUUAUGUUUUUUUAAUAUUCCAAAUGCCCCUGGGCCAUUUUUCAAGAAAAAGUUACCUGGUCUGCAACAUAUCCUGUUGAGAGGAAUGGGAAGAGCCUUCCCUGGGUGUAAAAUAGAGCAAUGUUUGAUGCUACAGCAGUGGUGAGAUGCUCUCCCAAGAUUUUCUGGCAGUCAAUAUAGCCUCCUAACUCCCAGCAGUUGCCCAUUGGUGUAGAGAAUGCAGCUCAACCUUACAAUGGGUCAGGUCAAGUCUUGAACACAUUGACCCACUUAGGGGGUUUCUGUGAGGGCUAAGGAAGUUUUAUAGUGCUAUGUAUAGUCCUUUGUAAUAGCAGCAGCAUUCUGUAGACAGUAGUUCAGAAUUGGCAUCAAGAUGUUCUAGAUUUCAACUCUCAGGAUCUAUACCAGUGGUUCUCAGCCUGUGGGUCCCCAGUUGUUUUGGCCUAUAAUUCCCAGAAAUCCCACUGUUUACCAGUUGUUAGGAUUUCUGGGAGUUGAAGGUCUAAACAUCUGGGGACCCACAGGUUGAGAAUCACUGGUAUAGAUCCUGAGAGUCACUGCUGGACUGAGGAAAUGUUCCCUUCAUCCCUCUCCCAUCUCUCAUUUUUUUUGUAUUUCCAUAUAGAAGUUCCAAAAUAUUGUUGACCAGCUUGUUGAGUUGAAUGUUUUUUUUAUAGCCAGGGCCUGUUUUUCAUUACAUUACUUUAACCAAUUUCUUUUUUUGUUAACAGAAUAUAUAGAGUUUUUGUUCUUCUCUUGAUGGCCUUGCCUUCCAUUAUGCUUUUUAAGUACUUGAACAUUUCUGUCCUGUUAAAUUUCGUUCCGGUUCCUACCCUCGCUUUAAGUUAACCACAAUCAAGGACACAAUUUCUUCAGCUGAGGAACUGAUCUGGUUGAGUGGAGAUAAUAGUACAAGAAUAAAAACUUGUCACUAUCCAACCAAA